GACGCCUCUCCUUCUCUCUGAUAUUGGAAUGCAGCCUAUGAAUGCUCGAUAGUUCACGUUAUGUAUACUAUGGAUUUUUUAUUCUAUCAGUAUAUUUUGGAAUGCAGUUUAUCAACAGAUAAUUUACAACGAUCGAUUUGUCGUUUGUUAUAAAAAUCGUGGCCGCCUUGUAAUAGUGAAAUAAAUCACCGACGGAAAUAUAGUAUUAUACGUAGGUGUGUAUUGGAGAAAUUACAAUGCACAACUUAUUUCGGCAGCACAAUAGAUUAAUGAAAAAAUGAACGGUCUGCGCAUUCGUAAGUAAUGUGGGCUGAGUCAAGUAUCGACUUGUCGUCGCAACUGCUAGAAAUGGAAGCUGAAGUUAGAGUUCUGAUAGCAAGCGUUCAAACAUGCAUUCAAUCAAAUCAAAGUUGGUUUGUUAUAAAUUUAGAGGAGUGAACGACGCAUCGAUUCAUCAGUGUUAGUGCGAUUAAGUUUAUGAUCGUUGAACCGAAUCUUAUGAAAGCGAAAAAACAAACACACGAAUCAGGAAAUUGAAAUUGAACUAUGGAAAUUAGAUGGGAUGACAUUGUUGAAUUAAAGUUUUGAAGACUACAAUGCUGGCGCAACUGAUCGAUCGAAAUACAAUUAGAAGCAACGUAGUUACUUAAUGUUGAGUGAUUUUUCAUAUGUCUCCAGAAUGAAAAUGCAACUGUACUAGUACGGUCACACAGAUUGAGUAGAUACGCCAAUUUGAAAUAUUAUACAUUAUGAUCUGCGCAUCUAGUCUAAAGCCCAAAAAUAUUCGUUGAUAUAAAUACGAUUACUUGAUAAAUUACGAGUUUCUACUCGCAUGAUUAAAUAUUAAGAUUGAUAUGUAAUCAUGGCAAAUGGUUGAUUAAUAGCACAAUUAUAUUCAAUGGCACAACCAGUAUCAAAGCAUCAAAGCAAACCAUAAGUAUUUGUAAGAUAUAAUGUUAUAAUUUCUUCUGUGCAGAAUUCUUAAAAAUUAUUUAUGAUAUAUAGUGGAAUGUUCAAGAUAUUCCAAGUGAUAUCUUUAACUAGUCAACAGUGAAUAUAUAAGAAAUUCUAAGUAUUAUAUAAAUAUACUAUUCUACAUAAUUUCCAAUAAAAAUAAUGCAUUUAUAUUUGUUACUUAUUGAAAAAGUUGCUAAACAUUUAGGUAUAGAACAAAGUUCUAUAAUAAUUCUAUAAUAUUCAUAUAAUUAAAAGAUACAUAAUAUAAAUUACAAGUCUCAAAUCACAUUAAAUGAUACAGCUGAAGUAUUAUGGAGCAGAGCGAAGGAAAUGAAAUUUGUAGUGUUUCAAAUGUUGCCAAGGUAGAUGUUUCUCCAAAAUUAAAGCAAAAGAAGAAGUCUCUUUGUCGUAUGCUGAUGAACAAGAAGACUAAAGUUGGUUGCUUAGAGCAAUCUUAUAAGAAUGAGGAUUCAAAUAAAAAUUCUAAGUUAAACAGUUCACAACAUGGAUCUCAAACCAGUACUAAACUGUCUUUGUGUUGCGCCAUGACUGAACGUAGUAGAACACCACCUCAGAGCUUAACUGUUAGUAGACUUUCUCCAACAACUUUAAGUCACACUUCAGUGAGAUCUGAAGUAGCUUCUGUGAAUGGAGAUUGUCAAACAAAUGUACCACUCAAGAAAGAAGAGAUAUGUGUUGAGACUGAUGCUCAGAUUCAAGAGACUAUGAUCAAAAAGAAUAGCAUAGCAAUAACAAAGAAACAGUGCCAUAAUAUUUAUGUAGAAGUAAAAGAAAUGAAAGCAAUUUGUCAAGAGAGUAGUGAAGAUAGUGACUUCUCUGCAGACUCAACGGAAGACUCGUUCGAAGAAUCUUCAGAAGAUGAAAAUGAACAUUUAAUUGAGUCAGAAAAAACUCAAAAAUACUUAAAGGAUGAGUAUUUUACAAAAGGAAAGUAUAUCACUUAUUUCUUCCUGGAAAUGGAACGGCAGUUCUACAAUCCUUCAGAAGUUUACAAAAUGGUUCAGUAUCAUGAUACUGCUUGUGAAAAACCAGAAAAAGAAGGUGAAAACUCUUCCUCUGGAUCGCAGUCCCCGAAUAUACCAGGACAAUUACGUCGUAAACUGUUACAUAGAAGAUCCGCGGAUAAUUUAAUCGUGAAUUCGCCAACAAACUCAAUGAGACAUUCUAGUCCAGAAUCUAUUAAAAGUGCACCGAUACAGCAUAAGCCACGUUCAACGUCACAUGAUGCUCUGUCUAAAAGAAAAGAUCGUUAUUUUUGUCAGACAACAGGAGCGUCUAUGGAUAGUUUAGCAAAACAAUCUUUACUUGCCGCACAAGUAUUAAAUUUAAUACCUACACAGAAAGCACGAGAAAGGAAUUUUCUUCACGGAAGAAUUGCUGCCAAUUCUUUACUCGGACCAGUAGAACUCGAGAAAGUGUUGCCAAAUCGAGAAUUAAGAAUUUUUAUUGGCACAUGGAACAUGAAUGGACAGACUCCGCCGAAAGAAUUAAACGAUUUUAUGUUACCUCCCGAUAUAGAGACCAUUCCUGAUUUAUUAGCUAUAGGCACACAAGAAUCAUGUUCCGAACGAAACGAGUGGGAAGCGGCUUUGCAAGAAACUCUCGGCCCUUCGCACGUACUGCUUACUAGCAGUAGCCUCGGUACACUGCAUCUUGCAUUGUUUUUGAGACGAGAUCUAAUCUGGUUCUGCUCCAUUCCGGAAGAGGAUAGUUUCUCCACGAGAACUGGAACGGCAUUUAGAACUAAGGGUGCUGUGGCCAUAGCUCUCAUGAUAUUUGGCACAAGUUUUCUCUUUGUCACCGCUCAUUUGACUGCGCAUCAAGAUAAAGUGAAAGAACGAGUUAACGAUAUAAAGAGAAUCAUUAGGAAUCUUGACCUUCCCAAGGAGCUACCCACUAAACAUAAGAGCAAAGAUGUUACACAAAAUUUUGAUUGCGUGUUUUGGUGCGGGGAUUUGAAUUUUCGUUUAGUUCAACCAAGAGAAGAAGUAAUUCAGUGGAUCACGAAUACGUGCUUUCCGCAAGAGUCACCGAUAAACUUACAUAAAGAUCAAUUGAGAACUAUCUUGAAUGAAGGUGCGAUACUGCGUGGAUUCGAAGAAGCCCCUGUCACUUUUCCUCCUACUUAUAAGUACGAUCCGGGAACACAUAAUUUCGAUUCCAGCAGUAAGCAACGCACUCCAGCAUACACCGAUAGAAUCUUGUUCAAGGGGAAAGGUCAUACCAGAGGAUAUAUUAGACGUGUCAGUCACGACACUGCUAAUCCAUGUAAAGACGGUACUAUAGAAUGUUUAAUAUACGAUUCUGUUCCUAGUAUUUGCACUUCAGAUCACAAGCCAGUCUGGGGAGUUUUUAAGACCAUACUGAGACCGGGUAUUGAUACAAUUCCACUUGGUGCUGGGCUUUUUAAUCGUGAAGUUUACCUAGAAGGCAUCAGGAGGCGUGCAGCCGCAAUGGAUGACUCUCUUGGAACUUCAAAAGUUUGUUCAAUUCAGUGAAGAAAUUGAAGGUCGCGUUAAAUGCUAAUAUGUUGGUUGGUAAUGUAUUUACGUAAAGAUUUCGUAAUAAGAUAUUUUACAUUGGUAAACGGUACGAUUGUUUUAUAUCGUAUAUUUCCUCGACAGUCAUUACAUUUAUUUUGAACAAUUUUAUCGUAAAAUAUGUCAAUUUUCUUUAUAACGCUUACUCAUAUUUUAGAUAAGAUUUCUAUGACAAUGUACGCGUAUGUGCGUGUGUAUAACAAUCUAGUGGGCGGUGCAUAAUGCUAGAAAGUAUUAUAACACACUAUUGCACUGUCCAACAUUAUGCAUCUCCUACCAUUAUAAGGAGAUUAUCAAUUGAUUCAGACAUUUUAAACAAGAUUCCAUUUUGAACGAGUCUAAACAGCUCGUUCCAUUGCAUCAUGCGUACUCAUCUCUAUCCCUCCGUUUCCCCCCCCCCUCUCUCUCUCUCUCUCUCUGUUUCUCUCUCUCUGUCUCUCUCUCUCUCCUAAUUUUCUUUAAUUAUUAUUUUCGAAAUACACAUAAUUGCAAAAUGGUACAUGAAUUUUUCGCUCUGUUUGAUGAGUUCUACUUGCACAUUGCAAACAGGAGUCGCGUUAGCCCUUGUCCACAACCUUGCUUUAAGACGUAAGAAAUUGAUUAACUAUAGUCUAUUUUUAAAAUAAUCGAUUUUUAGAAUAAUCAACUGUAGUUGGUCAAUUUCUUACAGCUUACGUCUUAAAACAAGAUUGUUGACAAGGACUUAGAUAUUCUAUUCAGACUUUCUUUUUACCUAUAUUCACCGUUUUUGUAAAAAAGUUUUUGUAAAAUAGUGUAGAAACGGAGUUUAGUUUUAGGUUGAAUAUUACUACUCUGAAGUUGUAAUACCAAUAGAUAGAAAUGCCAGUAGACGGAAUUAAAAAUUUUUUGGACAUUUUCAUUAUUUUAUUAAUUAUCUACUAAAAAUAAUGUUGAUAGAUUCUGAUAAAAUUAGUUUAGAAGGUAUUGGACUUUCAAUAUAUAAAAUUUUAAAACACGUUUUAAAAUUUAAACAUUUAAAACACAAUUUUUUAAACACGUUUUAAAAAUCCUAUUCCUUGAGGAAUCCUUAAAGCCUAUGUUCAUGUGAGCUUUUCUUCGUUAAACAAAAAACAAUUACUAAAAUAUUAAAUCAAAUAAUCUCAAAAACCAAAUCUUAAAAUCUUGGAAAACUUCAGAAAUAUUCUGUAUACACAGGGUGUCCGAAAAUUUCAAAUACAACCGUAGUAUACAGAUUAAAUCUGUUAAGAAAUUAAUUAAACCAUAUGAGCGAAAGAGCGCACGAGGAGUGGCGGGACAAAUUUUAUAGACAUAUCUAAUAAAAAAUGGUUUUUAGUUUGUAAAAAGGCAGAAUCACAUAAUGAAUGACAUGGACCGCACACGCUGAAAAGAAAUAUACUUUAUAAAAAAAAUA